AACGCCUCUCGUCAAACAUUUGCUGCUUAUAAAACCAGCCGGGGGAGCGUCUUUAAACCGGUGAAAACCGACCGACAGUCGUGUUUUAAAGUAAAAGUUGAAGUCAGAGAACAUGGACAGGACGGUCAGCCUCCCAAACCAGCCGGACAAAACCACCAAAGUAACUCUGGUGGAGAGCAGCAGCGCCCCCAGCGGGCUGGAACUGGUCAGCUCCUACCAGACACACAGAGUGGGAGACCCCAUGGACCUGGUGUCCCUGGCUGCACAAGUUCAGAAGGGAGAUGAUUUCAUUAAAGCCAAUGCUUGCAACAGACUCACAGUCAUCGCUGAUCAGAUCAGAUACCUACAGGAGCAGGCAAAAAAGGUUUUAGAAGAAGCUAAAAGAGAUGCUGACCUCCACCAUGCCGCCUGUAACAUUGUGAAAAAGCCAGGCAACAUGUAUUUCCUCUACGAACGGCAAUCGGGACAGAAAUAUUUUUCUAUCAUCUCUCCUAAUGAAUGGGGUCCAAGUUGCCCUCACACGUUUGUCGGUGCAUUCAAACUUCAACACGACAUGUCCUGGACCCCCGUAGACGAGGUGGAGAAGAGGGACUCGGAGCUCGCCAUCAUGGACAAACUUUUGAGCCAGCAGACAGCUCUACCUCCGUACACAGGACCCAGCUUCAAGGGCCUCUCUGACUAAAGGAAUACAAGGAAACAAGGACAAUACUUUUUAAAGGACAUGCAGAUGCUGACUAUAGUCUUAACUUUAAUAUACAAACUGACAACUCCAUCGAUGGACGCAAAUCGCUGAAAUCAAAACAGUGUCACGGUGACUUUCAUACACUGAGUUCAGUGUAUAAUACAUUACUGCAAGUUUUUGUUGUAUGCAUAUAAACUUCUGAUGCUGCAUGUUCAUCAUUUCAACCUCAGGAUGCUUUUCUGAAAAUCUCAAAUGUGGCUUCUCAGACAAGCCUUUGAAUGGACGCUAACAAAUAAAGCUUUAAAACUCCUGUCAGUUAGCCUUUUA